AUGGAUGGCCCUCAAUCAUCUGCGACGCCCUCGCCAACACCGGGAAGUGGCACUGGUGCCGCCCAAAUCAGGGAGGGUCAGAGCAUCGAGAACUUCGCCGCGUCUCUAUCAGCUGGAGCUGUCGUCUUCGGCGUGCAGAUGCUCGUUUUCCUGAUUCUCAGCGGCAACUGGAAGUUCCACGAGACCAAGGCUGCCAAUGAGAAGAGUACGCAGCGUCAGGGCCUGUUCCACAAGAUCUACAGCACCGCACGUGCUAACAGCUUCAGCUACUACAAGACUGCCUUCGUGCCCAAAGCAAGGCGUAUCGCACCUCCCGUCACUGCCAUCGAGUCCUUCAAGAAUGUCUUCACCAUCAGCGACCGCGAGCUCAUUCGCAUCGCCGGUGUCGAUGGCUACCUCUUCCUGCAAUACUUGCAGCUCCUGCUCCGCAUAUUCAUACCCAUGACCCUCGUCAUCCUACCUAUUCUCCUGCCGAUAAACCGCAUUGGCGACGUCGAGUAUGUGUCUGGCUUGGAUUCGUUCGCCUGGCCGAACGUGGCCACGCCAGAGAAGAACCAUCGUUUAUGGGCACACUUGGUGCUGGCGAUCCUGGUCGUCGUAUGGGUGUGCUUCAACUUUUACGCAGCGCUCAGACGAUUUGUUCGCCUCAGGCAGACCAUCCUCACCAUGCCAGAGCAUCGCAUGCGCGCUUCAGCGACCACCAUUCUCGUUCAGAGCAUUCCCCGGAAAUGGCUCACGGUCCCCGCAUUGGAUGCCCUUUACGACGUCUUCCCUGGCGGCAUUAAGGACAUCUGGAUCAACCGCAACUUUGAUGAUUUGGCAGAGAAGGUCAGCAAGAGGACCAAGAUUGCGAGAGCACUCGAGGCUGCUGAGACCAAUCUCGUCAUUGCUUGCACGAAAAAGCACAAGGAGAUGGAGGCAAAGAAGGCAAAGAAAGACGGUCAGAAAAAGAAGAGCAGGAAGGAGCGCAAACAGCACGAAGCUAUGACAGAUGCGCGCAUUGCUGCCGACACACAUGAAGACGGUGUAGACGCGGGUAAUCCCCACGAGAUCGAGCAACAACUCCAGCAAGUGCUAGAGGAGCCCGAGUCAUCUUCCUCGUCAUCGUCCCGGUCGACGUCCCCAAAACGAAAGGGUGGCAACUUGCCCAUGCAAUUCGUUGGACAAGGCAUACAUGCGGUUGGCGAGGGCUUUCGCGACGUCGGACAAGGCGUGAACCAGUUCAACAAGAAACUGUUUGGUGGAGUCAAAGGUGCCUUCAUCCGAGACAAGCAUGGCAAUGAUCAUCCACUUGUCGAUCCCAACGAAAUGCCCGGAUCGUCGCCUUCCUCUGCAAACUUUACCAACAGGGGUGCCAGUAGUGAUACCUACACCCGCCUCAAUGGUCCAGAGAAGGAAAAGUACGAGUCUGAUGUUAGUGAUCCUAACUUUCCCAAGGACACGACCGAAGAGGAGAAGAAGGAUGAUCCCGAGGAGAGCGAGAAACCCAAGAAGACCACAGGCUUCAAUCCUUUCCAAAAGCUCAAGUCUGCAUACCUCGGUCAGGGUGACUUCGCCAGCCCUCAGCCUUUCCGUAAAGAAGGUGAAAUGCCUGUCAUGGAGCUCAAAGAAGAGGAGAGGGAGAAAAUUACAUACAACACGGCAGGACUCUGGAAUGAUGCUUUCGCGGAAGACGAUGAGAACGCUUUGUGGAGACAAUACCUCAAGCCUAAGGACCGCGACACUAUGCGUCUUCCACUAUUCGACAAAUCCUGGUGGCCUUCAAUCCCACUUAUCGGAAGAAAAGUGGACACCAUCUACUAUUGCCGCAAGGAACUGGCCCGGCUCAAUGCAGAGAUCGCUGAUGAUCAGGCUAACGUGGAACGGUUCCCGUUGAUGAAUUCUGCAUUCAUUCAGUUCAACCACCAAGUUGCUGCUCACAUGGCCUGUCAAUCUGUGACUCACCACAUUCCAAGACAAAUGACGCCCCGAACAGUCGAAGUCAACCCCGCUUAUGUUCUCUGGGAAAACUUGAGUAUGAAGUGGUGGGAACGAUAUGUCAGGAUGUUCAGUGUCAUCGUCCUGAUCGUGGCGCUCGUCAUCUUCUGGGGUAUUCCUGUCUCGGCCACUGGUGCCUUAUCCCAAGUUAAUACUUUGACCGAGAAGGUACAUUUCCUCAGGUUCAUCAACGCUUUCCCUACCUGGGCAAUCAGUUUUGUUCAGGGUGUUCUGCCGCCACUGUUCCUGGCUAUUCUCUUCGCUAUACUGCCUAUCCUUUUGCGCUUUUUGGCUGGGUUUACCGGUACCACGACAGCUGGAGAGCGUGAACUGCUCGUCCAGAACUUCUACUUUGCUUUCGUCUUCGUCCAAUUGUUCUUGGUCGUCUCGAUAUCGACUGGUCUCACCACUGCCAUCCAGAAAAUCGUGGAUAACCCUAUCAGCGUGCCACAAACACUCGCCGAGAACCUGCCAAAGGCCGCCAACUACUUUUUCUCUUACAUGAUUCUGCAGGCCCUAAGUAUCAGUUCUGGAACUCUGUUGCAAAUCGGAGCUGUCGUCGUCAUUGUCUUUCUUCGUUUCCUGGACACAACGCCGCGAGAGAAGGUGUCCAGGGUGCUCAGUAGACCUGGCAUAAACUGGGGUACCAUGAUUCCUGUCUACACCAACUUUGGUGCAAUUGGAAUCAUUUACUCGGUUGUGUCGCCACUCAUCCUGAUCAUGAUGUUGAUUACAUUCAGCCUUUUCUGGUUCACCUACCGUUACCAAAUGAUCUACGUCAGCUAUGCCAAGGCAGAAACCAAUGGUCUGGUCUACCCGAAAGCUAUCAACCAGCUAUUCACCGGUCUGUACUUUCUGCAGCUUUGCCUCAUUGGUCUAUUUUUCCUACAGGAAGACGGAGAAUGCGUCCCUCACGCCAUUAUCAUGAUUGUCACGCUCAGUUUCACCGUGUUGUAUCAAAUUGUGCUCAACCGAGCUUUCGGACCGCUAUUUACGUACCUACCGAUCACCUUCGAAGAUGAGGCAGUACAGCGAGAUGAAGAGUUCCAGCGCGCUCAGGCUGGCCGUUGGGAGAAGGAUGAUGGAGAGCACCAGUCUCUCAUUGCUCAGAACGACGCCAAGAUGACAGCAGAGGAGCGUGAACUCGCACAUCUUGAGGAGAUGAACCGCCAAGAUGCUAAGCAGUAUGGAGGCUCUGACGGCGCGUACGAGAUGACGAACCUCAACACAAGCCAAUCCAACGGUCUCUCCCCUGCGCCUGAGCGACGUAGCCGUCGUGGCUCCAACUGGGCCCAGCAAUCUCGCAAAAGCUCCACCUCCCGCUCCCGCUCCCGCUCUCAUACGACACCGAAGCACAAGCGCAAAGACCCGCUUGACGCUAUUACGCAUACCCUCAAGCGUGGUCUCGAUGAUGUUACACGUCCCGUUCGUGAUAUUGAAGCCCAAGUCCUGCCCACAGCCAACCUUUUCGACGGCAUUGACGACGAGCUCGCCGACAUUGAGCCUGAAGCCCGCCAGAAGCUCAUUAAAAGAAGCUUCCAACACCCGGCAACCCGCGCCAUCCAACCGGCCGUCUGGAUCCCCCACGACGAGCUGGGUGUCGCUAAGGACGAGAUUCAGCGCACGAGUGCAUUCACGAGUAGAGUUUGGAUCACGAGCGUGAACGCGAGACUGGAUGCCAGAGGCAACGUUAUGUACAAGGGACUUCCGCCGGAUCGGGAUCCAUUUGAGAACAUUGAGGUGUAG